AGGUGCCACCAUGGCGGUGCCCAGGGGCUGAGGGAAGCCUUUGCCGGCUGUUGCGGUGCCGGGAGGAGAGGGCGGCCAUGAAGGUGGUGAACCUGAAGCAGGCCAUCCUGCAGGCCUGGAAGGAGCGAUGGAGCGACUAUCAGUGGGCCAUAAACAUGAAGAGGUUCUUCCCCCGAGGAGCCACCUGGGAUAUCCUCAACCUGGCAGAGGCUCUUCUCGAGCAGGCGAUGAUCGGGCCGUCGCCGAACCCACUCAUCUUGUCCUACCUGAAAUACGCCAUCAGCUCCCAGAUGGUGUCUUAUUCCACCGUCCUGAUGGCCAUCAGCAAGUUCGAUGACUUCUCUCGGGACCUGUGUGUCCAGUCGCUGCUGGAGAUCAUGGACAUGUUCUGCGACCGCCUCAGCUGCCAUGGCAAAGCAGAGGAGUGCAUCGGGCUCUGCCGGGCGCUGAUGAGUGCCCUCAACUGGCUCCUGCGCUGCGCGGCCUUCUACGCCGAGAAGGUGAAGGAGGCGCUGGAGCAGGCGGCGGCGGAGAGCCAGCUCAAGAUGUGUCUGGAGAGGCUGGGGAAGAUGCUCAGCAGCACCAAGAACCGUGCCCUGAUCCACAUCGCGAAGCUGGAGGAGACGUCCUCCUGGAGUGCUGUAGAACAGUCCCUCCUCAAGCUGGGGGAGAACGUGAACAGCCUGGGCAACUCCACGCUGCGAAGCCGGGCCGAUGACUGCAUCUCCCUCAUCAAGAGCAUCCCCACCAUGCUCUCCGUCCACUCCGAGCAGCUGAACAAGACCGGCUUCCCCACCGUACAUGCCGUGGUGCUGCUGGAAGGGACCAUGAACCUCACAGGAGAGACCCAGCCGCUGGUGGAGCAGCUGAUGAUGGUGAAGAGGAUGCAGCGCAUCCCCUCCCCGCUCUUCGUGCUGGAGAUCUGGAAGGCCUGUUUUGUGGGCCUCAUCGAGUCCCCCGAGGGCACGGAGGAGCUGAAGUGGACAGCCUUCACCUUCCUGAAGAUCCCCCAGGUCCUGGUUAAACUCAAGAAGUAUCCCCAAGGGGAGAAGGACUUCACCGAGGACGUGAACUGUGCCUUCGAGUUCCUGCUGAAGCUGACCCCGCUGCUCGACAAAGUGGAUCAGCGAUGCAACUGUGACUGCAUGGAUCUGCUCCUGCAGGAGUGCAGCAAGCAGGGGCUGCUUUCAGAGGCCAACAUGGACAACCUGAUUGACAAACGGGCAGCGGACAGAGAACACGCCCCGCACUUGAAAUCGGCCGAGAACGCCAACAUCCAGCCAAACCCAGGGCUCAUCCUGAGGGCCGAGCCCACUGUCACCAACAUCCUGAAGACCAUGGAUGCAGAUCACUCCAAGUCCCCCGAGGGUUUGCUGGGGGUCUUGGGUCACAUGCUGUCAGGGAAGAGCCUGGACUUGCUGCUGGCAGCGGCCGCGGCGACGGGCAAGCUGAAAUCCUUCGCUCGGAAGUUCAUCAAGCUGAAUGAAUUCACGAAGCAGAUCAAUGGAGAAGGCCCCAAAGGAGCCCCCGUUCGGGCCCUGCUCUUCGACAUCUCUUUCCUCAUGCUGUGCCAUGUGGCCCAGACCUACGGCUCCGAGGUGAUCCUGUCGGAGUCGAGCCCAGCGGGCGAGGUGCCCUUCUUUGAGACCUGGAUGCUGACCUGCAUGCCCGAGGAGGGCAAGAUCCUCAACCCCGACCACCCCUGCUUCCGCCCCGACUCCACCAAGGUGGAGUCCCUGGUCGCCCUCCUCAACAACUCCUCCGAGAUGAAGCUGGUGCAGAUGAAGUGGCAUGAGGCAUGUCUGAGCAUCUCGGCUGCCAUCCUGGAGAUCCUCAACGCUUGGGAGAAUGGUGUCCUCACCUUUGAGUCGAUCCAGAAAAUCACAGACAACAUCAAGGGGAAGGUGUGCAGCAUGGCGGUGUGUGCGGUGGCCUGGCUGGUGGCCCACGUCCGCAUGCUGGGCUUGGAUGAGCGGGAGAAGUCCCUGCAGAUGAUCCGGCAGUUGGCUGCCCCCCUCUACGGCGAGAACACCCUGCAGUUCUACAACGAGCGUACAGGGGCACAAUCACCCUGCCUGGACAUGCCACAGCUGACACUGACCCUGCUGGGUCACAUCCUGCCCAACCUGCUGACGGACUCCUCCAAGUGGCACACCCUCAUGGACCCGCCAGGAAAGGCUCUGGCCAAGCUCGCCGUCUGGUGUGCCCUGAGCUCCUACUCCUCCCACAACAAGGGCCAAGCCUCCACCAGGCAGAAGAAGAGGCACCGAGAGGAUAUUGAGGAUUACAUCAGCCUCUUCCCUCUGGACGACACACAGCCCUCCAAGCUGAUGCGCCUGCUCAGCUCCAACGAGGAAGACUCCAACAUCCUCUCCAGCCCCAAUCGCUCGAUGAGCAGCUCACUCUCUGCCUCCCAGCUCCACACCGUCAGCAUGAGGGACCCUCUGAACAGGGUGCUAGCGAACCUCUUCCUGCUCAUCUCUUCCAUCCUGGGGGCUAAGACAGCUGGUACCCACACCCAGUUUGUCCAGUGGUUCAUGGAGGAGUGUGUGGACUGUCUGGAGCAGGGCAGCCGAGGCAGCAUCCUCCAGUUCAUGCCCUUCACCAUGGUUUCGGAGCUGGUGAAAGUGUCCACCAUGUCCAGUCCCAAAAUUGUCCUGGCCAUCACGGAUCUCAGCCUGCCCCUGGGCCGCCGCGUGGCUGCCAAGGCCAUCGCUGCCCUGUGAGCGGGUCACUCCCUUCUGCCGUGCAGGAGAGGGCAGCUGCUGGGAGAACCAGCACAACCUGGAUACUGGGCUGGCACUGGGAAGCCCGGGAUGGUCUCUCUGUCACUGGAGACUCAGCCUGGCCCUGCUGGGGGGCUGCUUCCUUCCCCCUUCAGCCUCGUGAUGAGUUUUUGGGGGCUGUUUCCCUCCCCCUUCAGCCUCGCAAUGGGUUUUCGGAGACCGAGACAAACCCCUUCCUUUUUUUUUUUUUUUUUUCUAUGAUUAAUUCAGUCCU